AUGGGCUUCAGGCCCUCGAGGUUCUUCUGGUCGUUGUUUGAGAAGCCGUCCGUAACCAUCCCUGAGAUGCUACAAUGCGCCAACCAGUACAUCGCCGCUAAAGCCCUAAUGGCAGGGAGGAGUGAGGACAACAAGAGGCCGAGGACGGAGCAGGCCCGAGGAGCGACUUCGAUCUGGGAGAAGGGUCUCUUAUGCCAACCCAAUCCCCUGAAGGCCACUCACAAGGACUACUCUAAUUAUUGCAUGUUCCAUCGGGACUACAGCCAUGACACGGAAGACUGUCGCAACCUCCAAAAUCAAAUUGAGGAACUAAUCCGAAGAAGUCACCUUAGGCACUACCUCAAGGAACUAGGGGAAGCAACUCCACGCCCUAGGGGCCCUGUCGAGAGCUCAACGGCAAGGAAGGCGUACGCCCGCGACACAAUGGAAAAACGCCCUCGACCCAAGUUCGAGCCUGAAAUCACCUUCGGGACCGAGGAGGUCGAGCGAUCCCACCACGACGAUGCUUUGGUGAUCUCCAUCAGGAUCGCCAACGCUCGGGUCAAAAGGGUAAUGGUCAACAUUGGGAGCUCCACCGAUGUGCUGUAA